AUUUUGUCUUUUAGUCUCCUGAUUCUAUCACCCCUUGACCGGAUGAGUCAAUUUUUGAAAUCUCCAUUUCUGAGCCCAGAUGAACAUGAGGUUGUUCAAAUUAAAUGUUAAAUUAUAACUCUGAAUUUUGUUUUUUUUGUGUGUUUCACAGGAUGCAUGGGAGAUACCCAGUUUCAUUUUCGUAUCAGGUGUAGUCCUCGCAGUUGUCAAAAAAGCCAUCUUGUGAAGAGAUAUGAAGAUGAGGUCCCUUUAGCAUACAGGAGUGAUCCUGCCCACUUUUAUGGCUUUGCUUAUUUCCGUCAAGUUAAAGAUCCUAGUAUUCAGAGGGGAUAUUUUCAGAAGUCAGUCGUGCUAGUUUCAAGGCUACCAUAUGUCAACUUGUUUUCCGAGGUGGUAAGUAACAAAUCAGUAAUUAAAUAUUUCAGCGUUCGAGUUCCAUCCAGAGGAGACAAACCAGGAGCAGUGUCAUCACCAGACAAUCCUCUUGUUGCUCACAUUGUGCCUCAAAUGCCCUCUCCUAAAGUCAUUCCAACUUUGAAGGAUCCAGACAUCUUUAGAUGCUUACAAUCAGUUCUUCCUCACAUUCAUCUCUUAUGGGAAUUAGCACUUACUAAUGAGCCAAUUGUUGUCAUGGCACCUUCUCCUACAAUCUGUUCUGAGACUGUCCAAGCUCUUGCAAGUUUGAUCUCUCCAUUACACUACUGCUCCGACUACAGACCUUUCUUCACAAUCCAUGAUACAGAGUUUAAAGAAUACACAACAAGAACACAAGCUCCGCCUGGCGUAAUUCUUGGUGUUACAAAUCCCUUCUUUGCUAAGACUCUUCAACACUGGCCACACAUGGUGAGAAUAGGAGAAAUGUCUAAUCUUGUCAUAUCAUCUAGAAAGUCUCCUGGUGUUGGCCAAAAUGCUAAAAGGACACUAUCUUCAAAGCCAGGCAUCUAUACAAAGUACAAGCAACUGCUCACAAAGGAUAAACUUAUUUUUAGAAGAUUAAGCAAGGUGUGUAUAUUUGUUCUCUUCUUCAAUUGCCUCCGAUGUGUAGGCCUUCCCGCAUAUUUUUCUUGUGAUAAAAUCAUAAAUAACUCUCUCUGUAGCGAUUUGACACAGAAAAUUUGGAACUUGACCUCCACGUUGUAUUGUUACCAUAGGAAAUUCUUCAAAUCUGCAAACUUUGAAGGUUGGUUACGACAUCGGCAACAAGAGAUAAGACAGAAGCUGGAAAUUCUUCAUUUGGAAGCUCUUGGAAAGGCUGAUGUUCCUCGUUGGAUCAGAGACAAGCAGGAGGUGGAGAUCGUUGAUUUGUUCUUGCAGAUCAAAGAGAAGCUGGCUGGUUCGGCGUCUUUCUACCCUCCCGUGAGCCUUGAAAUCAAACAACAGCUGAAAGGACACCUAUUGUCCAUUAUUAGAACUCUUCCGGAAGAUCUUCAGUUUGUUUUAAAGAAUAGUUGACAGAGAAGCGGUGGUUUGUAUGAAGAGUGAGUCUUGCGGUUGGUCGAAGAUUCUCCGUCCCUUCGCUUCUUGUGGCUGGAGUAAGAUUGGCUUUAAACGUCUCGACCAUCGUCAUUUUUACGAUGAGAUAUAAAGGCAAGUGGGAUCGCUUAGGAGUGCCGCUAUCGACAUGGCGUGAAAUUUGGUGUCAUUGGGCGCAAACGUAUUUCAGUUCUCGUUAAGUUUGCCUUUCCUAUGGACAGGCUGUUACAGUGCGACCACUGGAACCGGGCCACCAAGAAGAAAACUAACCAAUUAAAACAUAAACUGAGAACAAUGGACUGAUAGCUUCUCGUGACGGCAAGUAACGGUUUGUUUGGAGUGACGAUGUAAACACUAUCGACUCCCCUGCAUGUCUCAUUCGAAAAAUUUAGCUUGAAAACUCAUUUUGCGACAACUAAACCAGAACCGUUGAAAAACGGACAAAAUUUAGGAUCGAAACUAACCAAUCAACAAAUGGCAGAGUUUCUUGAAAGGUUCGUAACACUUUGCACUUUGUUGGGUUUUCAAUUUUGUUAAGAUCUGUUGUUCGUGUUCUUCGAUGUUAUUGGUUUAUUUGAGGAAAAGAUUGCUAUCCUUUGUUCUCAAGUAACGUUCUGAUUGGUUAACUCUUUUCCAAGUUGCCCGGUUCGAGUAGUCGCACUGUAAUUCACUUGACUGCAGUGAGUGAUGAAUAUCCUCAGGGUAUCAUUUCAAUUGAUGUUUUCUUCAUAUUUUCGUGCUCAAUUUUCCGGCUAAAGAGAGAUCUUAAGAUUAGACCUCAUUCUCACGACGAGGCUUAAAAUUUGUGUAUAGCUUCCCUGAUUGGUCGUUACCUCACUCUCAAGAACUACGUCAUCAGUGUAGAAUUUUUCGAUCUCAAACGUCUCAUAAAAAGCGCGGGAAAACUUCAGCGCGGGAAGGGAGACAUUAUGCAAGUUUCUCCGAUCCAAUCCUGUAGACAAGUUGGAUUGUGACGCAACACCCCUCUUGCAAAGAGGACUACGAUUUUAGUUUUCCAUCAAGGUAUAACUAAAAGAUUGGUCGUACAAGCCAUUUAUAU